GCGCACUGCACACUGCUACUGCUGCAACUACCCACCAUCAACUUCUACCUUUCUACAUUUUUUUCGACUCUUCGACUUUUCCUAAACUUUCCUUCAACGUCCACCAUUAGACAAAACCUCCUUUUCUAUUUUCCGACCAGUCUUAAUAGGACCAAAAGAAAGCAUCCUCUUGCUUUUUAAGGACUAUUCUUCCGACUUAUUAUCAACUCAUUCCACUUUUUGUCCAUCCAUCAUACGCAACCCCCCAUUUCAUCCACCUUCUCCUUACAGCUUAAUAGUCUAUUCUUGUUGACAUUGCACUCCGCCGACCUGGAUCUUACUUGAAAGAACAAAAAAGAAGGAAAGGUCUGUUGCGCAGACAAGAUGGCUGAUAACAGUGAUAUCAACGCUGUCCUCAGCAACUCGUUGUCGCCAGACGCGGCUACGCGAACUGGCGCCGAGCAACAGCUUACCCAAGCUGCUGAGACUAACUUCCCUUUGUACUUAGCGACCCUAGUGCAGUCAUUGGCGGAUGAAAAUUCACAAGGCAACAUCAGAGUCGCUGCGGGUCUCGCCUUGAAAAACGCUUUCUCCGCCCGCGAAUUCGCCCGCCAACAAGAACUACAAGCCAAAUGGCUCCAACAGACGGACCAAGAUACCAAGACUAGGGUCAAGGAACUUGCCAUCCAGACCCUCGCGUCUGAAAAUGCCCAGGCGGGCCAGGCUUCUGCCCAGGUCAUCGCUUCUAUCGCGGCUAUCGAACUCCCGAGAAGCCAAUGGCCGGAUCUUCUAUCAGUCCUGGUCCAGAAUGUCAGCUCUGGCGCGCCUCAUCAGAAGCAGGCUUCGUUGACUUGUAUAGGCUAUAUCUGCGAAAGCCAGGAUGCCGAGCUGCGAACCGCCUUGAUCGGCCACUCCAACGCAAUUCUGACUGCGGUGGUUCAAGGCGCGCGAAAAGAAGAGACAAACAUCGAAGUGCGCCUCUCUGCCAUCUCUGCUCUCGGCGACUCUCUCGAGUUCGUUGGCAACAACUUCAAGCAUGAGGGAGAGAGAAACUAUAUUAUGCAGGUUGUCUGCGAGGCUACCCAGGCCGAUGAUGCGCGCAUACAGCAGGGCGCAUUCGGCUGCCUUAACCGCAUAAUGGCUCUCUACUACGAGAACAUGCGCUACUACAUGGAGAAGGCUCUUUUCGGUCUUACGAUCCUGGGCAUGAAGAACGAUGACGAAGAUGUAGCAAAGCUUGCUGUUGAAUUCUGGAGCACUGUGUGCGAGGAAGAGGUCAACAUCGAGGAGGAUAACGCACAGGUUGACAGUGCCGAUCAGAUGCGCCCCUUCUACAACUUCGCUCGUGUCGCUACUAACGAAGUAGUGCCUGCUCUACUCACACUCCUCACCAAGCAAGACGAGGAUGCAACGGACGAUGAGUACAACUUGUCACGUGCGGCUUACCAAUGUCUUCAGCUUUAUGCUCAAGCCGUCGGUCCAAACAUCAUCCCUCCAGUCAUCCAGUUCGUCGAACAGCAUCUCCGAUCUGAAGACUGGCAUUACCGAGAAGCCGCGGUGGCCGCUUUCGGAGCGAUCAUGGAAGGACCCGAGGAGAAGGUUCUCGAGCCUAUCGUCAAGCAGGCCCUUCCUAUUUUGAUCAGCAUGAUGGAAGACGCCUCGACCUUCGUGAAGGAUUCAACUGCGUAUGCUUUAGGUCGUAUUACCGAAGCGUGCUCUCAAGCUAUUGACCCCCAGCAGCACUUAGAUCCUCUAAUUCGAUCCCUAUUUGCGGGUGUUCACGACGUUAAGAUGGCAGCAUCUUGCUGCUGGGCUCUGAUGAACCUGGCCGAGCGCUUCUCCGGAGACUUCGACGCUUCCUCAAACCCGCUCACGCCUCAUUUCAACCAGAGUGUACAGACUCUUCUUACUGUAACCUCUCAGCCCGGGUCCGAGACGGCUGUUCGCACUACGUCCUAUGAGGUUCUUAGCGCUUUCGUUCAGCAUGCGGCGACCGACAGCUUCCCGGCAAUUGCCCAACUCUCGGACGUAAUUAUUAAGCGCCUAGAAGAGACUAUUCCUAUGCAGAGCCAGGUGGUUAGCAUAGAAGACAAGAUCGCAUUAGAGGAGAUGCAGACCAGUUUGAACACUGUUCUGCAGGCGAUCAUUCAACGACUAGAGAAAGAGAUUUCACCGCAAGGAGAUAGGAUUAUGCAUGUCUCACUUCAGAUCCUCAGCACUGCGGGUGCCAAGUCUAGCGUUCCCGAGUCAAUCUUUGCUACGAUUAGUGGAUUAUCGAAUGCGAUGGAGGAGGAUUUCGUCAAGUACAUGGAUGCCUUCACGCCGUUUCUUUACAACGCUCUCGCAAACCAAGAAGAGCCCAGUCUCUGCUCCAUGGCUAUCGGUCUUGUUAGUGACAUUACUCGAUCUAUGGGCGAGCGUAGCCAGCCGUAUUGCGAUAAUUUCAUGAAUUAUCUCUUGAACAAUCUAAGGUUUGCGGAGAACGCCACUAACAAUUCGUUGCAGAGCACGACUCUUUCCAACCAGUUCAAGCCGGCUAUCCUUCAAUGCUUUGGUGAUAUCGCCAAUGCCAUUGCUGGCCACUUCGAGACUUAUCUCUCCGUCGUUGCUCAAGUCCUGCAACAGGCUGCGACUGUUACAGCCGCGCCCGACGGUUCUUAUGAGCUUUACGAUUACGUGAUCUCCCUACGCGAAGGUAUCAUGGAUGCUUGGGGUGGUAUUAUUGGUGCCAUGAAGAUUAGCGGCAAGAACCAAGCACUACAGCCUUACGUCCAAUCAAUCUUCCAGCUGUUGAAUAUCAUUUCGCAAGACAUGAACCGCAGCGAGUCGCUCAUGCGAUCGUCUAUGGGAGUGAUCGGUGACCUCGCGGAAGCGUUCCCCCACGGCGAGCUAGCUGAAGCCUUCCGACAAGAUUGGUUAACUGCUAUGAUUAAGGAAACCAAGACGAAUAGGGAGUUCCAGUCUCGUACGCUCGACACGGCCCGCUGGGCCCGAGAACAGGUUAAGCGACAGCUAGGCGGAUCUACGUCUGUGAUGCAGCAGACCUGAACUCACCAACCGAAUAAUUC